ACUAGACGAGAUGUAUUCAACAUAUUCAAUUUCCAAUCCCAGGUGCGCUUACCAUGAAUUUCCAAGGAGACGUGUUUGGCUACUGGGGUCGAAAAAUCAUCGAACAUUAUGAUGAUGCUCUCCGCAAAAGCAUUCCUCCGCUCACCACGGCUCCUCAUGAAGAGACCUCGCAGAUACCUGAGCUCCCUAAGCGUGGUUAUGGCCCGCUGGGUACAGUUGGAAUUCUAGGUGCAGGAGUUGGUGGUCUAUACACCGCCCUUAUCCUAGAUUCGCUGGACAUCAACUACGAGAUCUUGGAGGCGUCGGACCGCACCGGCGGACGCCUCCUCACCUACAACUUCCCGAAUGGUGGUAAAUAUGACUACUACGAUGUUGGUGCCAUGAGGUUCCCCCUGCCGAAGAAGGACGCUCAAGGCAAUUACAAGAUUGGAAUUAUGAGGCGAUUGGGCGAGUUAAUCAAGUACUCGAAGCUCAACAAGGGUUUGUCCAAGGCACCUCUAAGCUCCCAACUUAUCGAUUAUCAUUCUACGUCAAAGAGACAAGGGCAUUUCCUCUACUUCAACGACCAACGUUAUCAAGUCUCUCAGACAUCGCGCCCUCCUGACUUUUGUGCCCGGGAGAUGGGUGUGGAUUCUCAGUACAUCGCCGCGGGAGUUGAAAGUAUUGUCCAGGACGUUAUUCGGCCGUUCGCUCAGGACCUCAUUAAAGACUUGGAGCAAAAUCACGAUGCAUACUCGCUUCGCUCAUUCAUGUUACACAAGUACACUCCCAGCGCCAGCCUCCAAAUUCCGAGCACGUAUCUUUCCACCAACGUUAUCAAUUGGUGCGAGACAUUCGAUGACAGCACAGGCUCGUAUGACCGCAGUUUAACUGAAGCGGUUCUUCUGUCGUUGGCAUUAGCCAGGGUCGAGUCGCCGACCUUUGGGGAUGUAGAAUGGAAGUGUUUCAAAGGCGGUUCUCAAGUGCUCACCGACUACAUGGCGGCAUACCUUACUGCUAACGGCACCAAGCCUGUCAUCCAAUUCAACAAGAAGGUCACGAGCAUCCUUCAGAGUGGAGACAUCGCAAUGGAUGUUUCUGUGAGGGGCGAAUGUAGCCCGCGCACAUAUUCGCACGUUAUAUCGACUAUUUCUCUUCCAGGCCUACGGAUGAUUGAACUUGGGGGUGCUGGUUUAAAUGUGAUGCAGAAAAAUGCAUUGCGUAAACUGCAGUACAGUCCUUCAAUCAAGGUUGGCAUGCGCUUUCGAUCAGCGUGGUGGACCGAACUUUUCGAUAUCAUAGGAGGCCAAUCAUUCACAGACCUUCCUAUUCGAACUGUCGUCUAUCCCUCCCAUGGGGCUGAAUCUGACACACCGUCCACAGUGCUGAUUGCGGGCUAUUGUUUGACAAGUGAUGCAGAACGCUUGGGAGCGCUUAUCAACACCGGUAAGAUAGAGUAUGACGAGCAAUUGAAGGAACUUGUGCUGCACAAUCUCGCGGAAGUACACAAUGUGGAUUAUAGUUUCUUGUUGGAUCAGUACGUAGACAUGCAUGCAUGGAACUGGGGCGACGACCCGCACACCAUGGGUGCCUUUGCGUUCUUUGGGCCUGGAGAUUUUCAGGAUUUAUACACGUCUCUCACCGUACCCAAUGCCAACAAGAGGCUCCAUUUCGCUGGAGAGGCCAUCAGCAUUCAUCAUUCGUGGGUCGUCGGUGCAUUGGACAGCGCAUGGCGUGCAGUGUAUGAAUACCUGCUCACGUCCGGACAGCAUGAGAAGAUUCAAAAGUUCUUCGAUCUGUGGGGCCAGAACGAAGAGUGGGUAGGCCAAUCCAAACAUGGAAAGCACGAUCCAGCUGAUCCAAACACCAUGUUACGAGUUCACAUGGGAUACACAUAUGCUGGUGAACUCAAUGGGAAGGUGAAAUUUUGAAUAAGUGCUGGUUAGCUUGGUA